GUGUGUUAAUAUAUUAUACACAUGCGCAGAAUGUAUUCUAAGGAAUACACGGUAUUUAAAGAGAUGAAUUAUUUUUUUAAAGAGCGUCAGUUCUUUAAGCUUAAUUAAUGGUGACAAAUAUCGGGAGCAAAUGGAGGAAGAAAAAUAUGAUGUGAAGGAAUGUUGCAAAGCUUGUUGUUUAGCUUCAUGUGGAUGCCUGAUUACCGUUAUAGCCAUCGGAUUAGGUGCCCUCGGAAUAGCCAAGAUUGUUAUGGGUGCUAUUCAUUUGCAUGACUGUACCAUUGAAGAUUUGAUUCCUAUUUGGCUGAUUGUAAGUGGAUGUGCUCCAGUUUUGUUCAGUUGUUUCCGUGGACAAAACAACGCUGCUGGCGAAAAUAGCUUUGACCUUGCCGGGGCAAUCUGUGGGGCAAUAGCUUUCCUCUUCAAUCUGGCUUGGCUUAUAUGUGGCAGCGUUUGGGUAUAUCCCAACUUUGGUACGAUAAUUGCAGACGACUUCAUGCCAUGUACUCCAAAAGUCACGUCAAAUUGUACACAAGGGAACUGUGACAAGAGCCUAAUAACGUUUGCCUUUGCGAUGGUUACGGUUGACUGGGUAUUAAUGUGCAUCUUGAUCAUUAAUCUUGGUUUAUACAUUGUCAAUAAAUUCAUGUAGGACUUAGAAACACAGCUGCACUUUAAUAGUCUAAUUAGACAUGCAUUCAGUGUAAAAAAUAAAAUCA